UGGCUUUGUCGAAGAAGCCACACUGAUCGGAUUGUUUUGUUUUGUCGGCCGAUUAGCCGUAUAUAUCGCGUAUAUAUCUUACAAUUUCGGCUGAAGUACAAAUCAUGGCUUUCCUCUACAUACUGGGCUGGAUUUCGCUGGGUAUACAGAUCGUAUUCCUCACAUUGUCCAUAGUGGCUGGCCUGUAUUAUCUGGCGGAACUGGCGGAGGAGUACACCACGGCGGCGAGGAAGUGCAUCCUCUUCCUGAUCAGCUUUACAAUUUUUGUGUACAUACUGCUGAUGCUCUUCGAGGACCUGCCGUGGAGCCUGAUAAUAUGCGGAUUUGUGGCACAGGGUUUCCAUCUAGGGAUUAUGGGAGGAUUUCCCUUCGUCCGACUGCUCUCCCUUCCCCUCUUGGGAUCCUUGGCCAUGCUGCUCAUCAAUCACUUCCUGGCCUUUCAGUAUUUUACCAGCGUUUAUGUGCCUUUUACGCAGGUGCUGGCUUACUUCACCAUCUGCAUGUGGAUCGUGCCCUUCGCCCUGUUCGUGUCACUCAGUGCCAAUGAUAGUGUCCUGCCCACCACCGUCAGUGAUCAGAGCCGUCGCAGUCCGGACGUGGUCAGCAAUUACUUCUCGCGGAAUAAAAAGCAGGGCCUGCUCUCCCUGUUCCAGUAUCUAAAGGAGGCCAUCCUCCCUGGACGGACCAAGAAGGCCUUCUAGAUGUAGUCUAUUUAUUGUUUAUUUAUUUUUGUAGCCGAAAUCGAGACAAAAGUAUACAAAGCGUAUAUAAACUACGUUUACGCAAUGACA